AAGUCCUAGCGGUGGUCUGAGCAUGAACCUGGAGCGCGACCUCCGCCAGCUGAGUAAGGCCAAGGCCAGAGCCCAGAGAUGCGGGCAGCUGCGCGAGGAGGCGGCCCUCUGCCACCAGCUGGGGGAGCUGCUGGCUGGCCAUGGCCGUUUCCCAGAAGCCCUGGAGGAGCACCAGCAGGAGCUCCAGCUGCUGGAGAGUGCCCUGGACCCCCUGGGCUGCGCCGUGGCCCACCGCAAGAUCGGAGAGCGGCUGGCGGAGAUGGAGGACUAUUCUGCAGCCCUGCAGCACCAACACCACUAUCUGGAGCUGGCUAGUUCCCUGUCCAAUCACACGGAGCUGCAGAGAGCCUGGGCCACCAUUGGCCGCACCCACCUGGACAUCUAUGACCACUGCCAGUCAAGGGAUGCCCUGUUGCAGGCACAGACUGCCUUUGAGAAGAGCUUGGCUAUUGUGGAUGAGAAACUGGAGGGGACGCUGGCCCAGCGAGAGCUCAGCGAGAUGAGGACCCGACUCUAUCUCAACCUGGGCCUCACCUUUGAGAGCUUGGAACAGAUGGCUCUGUGCAACGACUACUUCAAGAAGAGCAUCUUUCUUGCUGAGCAGAACCACCUGUAUGAAGACCUGUUCCGAGCCCGCUACAACCUGGGUGCCAUCUACUGGCGCAAAGGGCAGCACUCUCAGGCCAUGCGCUGCCUGGAGGGGGCCCGGGAGUGUGCACGAGCCAUGAAGAUGCAGUUCAUGGAGAGCGAGUGCUGUGUGGUGGUCUCCCAGGUCCUCCAAGACCUGGGAGACUUUCCAGCUGCCAAACGAGCCCUGAAGAAGGCCUACAGGCUGGGCUCCCAGAAGCCUACACAGAGGGCAACCAUCUGCCAAAGUCUCAAGUAUGUGUUGGCAGUGGUCCGGCUACAGCAGAGACUGGAAGAAACUGAGGGCAAUGACCUUAAGAGUGCGAUGGCCAUCUGUGAGCAGUUGGGAGACCUGUUCUCAAAGGCUGGUGACUUUCCCAGGGCUGCUGAGGCUUACCAGAAACAACUGCACUUUGCUGAGCAGCUAAACAGACCGGAUGUCGAACUGGCUGUCAUCCAUGUGUCCCUGGCUGCCACACUAGGAGACAUGAAGGACUACCACCAGGCUGUCCACCACUAUGAAGAGGAACUGAGGCUACGCAAGGGCAAUGCCCUGGAGGAGGCCAAGACCUGGUUUAACAUCGCACUGUCCCGUGAGGAGGCUGGCGAUGCAUAUGAGCUGUUGGCACAGUGCUUCCAGAAGGCUUUUAGCUGUGCCAAGCAGGCCCAGCGGCCCCUGCUACAGAGGCAGAUUUUGCAGCACCUCCACACUGUACAGCUAAGGCUGCAGCCCCAAGAGGCCCCUGGCACUGAAACCAGACUACAGGAACUUAGUCUGGCCAAAGAUGAAGAUGAGGAGGAAGAGGAAGAAGAGGCUGAGGCCAGUGAGGCCCUAGAGGCCAGUGAUCUUGAGCUCUCAGAGAGUGAGGAUGACGCUGAUGGCUUGUCCCAGCAACUAGGAGAGGAUGAGGAGCUUCAGGGCUGCUUGGGCAGGCGGAAAGUGAACAAGUGGAACCGACGCAAUGACAUGGGAGAGACCCUGCUACAUCGAGCCUGCAUUGAAGGCCAUCUGCACCGUGUCCAGGACCUUGUGAGGCAGGGCCACCCCCUGAAUCCUCGGGACUAUUGUGGCUGGACACCUCUGCAUGAGGCCUGCAACUACGGGCAUCUGGAAAUCGUCCGCUUCCUUUUGGACCAUGGGGCUGCAGUGGAUGACCCUGGCGGCCAGGGGUGUGAAGGCAUUACCCCACUUCAUGAUGCCCUCAACUGUGGCCACUUUGAGGUGGCUGAACUGCUCAUUCAGAGAGGGGCAUCUGUCACCCUCCGAACCAGGAAGGGCCACAGCCCUCUGCAGACACUGCAGCAGUGGGUGGAGCUGUACCACAGGGACCUGGACCUUGAGACACGACAGAAAGCAGCAGCCAUGGAAAGGAGGCUGCAGGUGGCCUCCUCUGGCCCAGCCCUCCACAGCUCCUCUGACCUCCAGACCAUCCCAAGUAACCAUGUGUUUGACCCCGAGAUCUCUCCUCCCUCAAGUCCCUGCCCAGAAUUCUCCUCACAUACCCGUAGACAGCCAGAGGUCCCUGUGGCUCCCGCCAGGGUGUCCCCAGAGCAGACUUCACCAGCUGUAAUCAGGCCUCGAAGGAACAGACACAGGCCGGCGAGCAGCAGCAGCAGCUCUGAGGAGGAGGAAAGUGUGGGCACCCGGAGACCAUUCCAGAAAAAGCUGAGGAGCUCUGGCCCAGUAGAGCAGGAUGGGGCCCGGAAACCUGGCCUUACCAGCAGCAGGGGGGCAGCCACAGCCAGCACAGCCCGAGCUGCCUACCAGGCAGCCAUCCGAAGUGUGGGCAGUGCCCAGAGCCGCCGCCUGGGGCCUGGUCUGCCUUGGGGCCCAGGUGAAGACCCUACCUCUCAGGCGGCACUCAUUCCAGAGGAGGAAUACCUGGCUGGGGAUUGGCUGGAGUUGGAUGUACCCACUACCCGCAGCCGCCCACCUCGCCUGACCCGCCCCCAGGGCACUGGGGACAGCAGCAGGCCUAGUGCUUCAGGAUCAGAUGAUGAGCACCCCGUGAGACCCCGGGCCCAGGCUGAGCAGAGCCGCCUGACCUGCCUCGAGAGUUGGCGUGUACUGGACAAAGCAGGAGGUGGCAGCUUGGCUGUAGAGCCCCCAAGGAACACCAGUGUGCCCAGGGUCCUGGGGUCCAGUGGGGAAAACCCUACAGCAGGCCAGCCCUCGGUUCUGGUUCAGCCCCCUCCUAUCCGGGUUCGAGUUCGAGUUCAGGAUAACCUCUUUCUCAUCCCUGUCCCACACAGCAGUGACAUCCACUCUGUGGCCUGGCUGGCUGAGCAGGCUGCCCAACGCUACUACCAGACUUGUGGGCUGCUGCCAAGGCUCACCCUACGGAAGGAGGGGGCUUUGUUGGCCCCACAGGACCCCAUUCCUGAUGUGCUGCAGAGCAAUGAUGAGGUGUUGGCUGAAGUAACCUCGUGGGACCUCCCUCCACUAACAGACCGCUACCGCAGGGCCUGCCAGAGCCUCGGACAAGGGGAGCACCAACAGGUGCUGCAGGCCAUGGAGCGCCAGGGCUCAGGCCCCUCGUUCAGUGCCUGCUCCCUCGCCUUGCGCCAGGCCCAACUCACACCCUUGCUACGGGCACUCAAAUGCCACACAGUGCUCCGGGAGCUGCGCCUGGCUGGAAACCGGCUGGGUGAUGAAUGUGCUGCUGAGCUGCUGGCUGCCCUGGGCACCAUGCCCAGCCUGAUUGUCCUUGAUCUCUCCUCCAAUCACCUGAGCCAGGAAGGUCUGCGGCAACUUACUGGGGAGCCCCUGAGCCAGGCUGCCUUACAGAACUUGGAGGAGCUGGACUUAAGCAUGAACCCGCUGGGGGAUGGCUGUGGCCAAGCCCUGGCCUCUCUCCUGCGGGCCUGCCCCUUGCUCAGCACCCUGCGCCUGCAGGCCUGCGGCUUUGGCCCCAGCUUCUUCCAGAACCACCGGGCAGUCCUGAGUAGCGCUUUCCAAGAUGCUGAGCGCCUGAAGACCCUGUCCUUGUCCUACAACACCCUAGGCGCCCCUGCCCUGGCCAGGUUCCUGAACAGCUUGCCUGCCGGUGCCCUCCUACACCUAGAGAUUGGCUCUGUGGCAACCGGCAAGAGUGACUUGGGCCUUAUGGAGCCUGUUGUCAGAUAUUUGACCAAGGAAGGUUGUGUUCUGGCCCAUCUGACGCUGUCUGCAAAUUACCUGAGUGACGAGGCUGUGAGAGAACUGAGCAGGUGUCUCCCUCUCUGCCCCUCACUCAUCUCCCUGGACCUCUCUGCCAACCCUGAGAUCAGCCGCACCACCCUAGAGGAGCUCCUGUCUACCCUCAAGGAGCGGUCUCAAGGCCUUAGCUUCCUUGGCCUGUCAGGCUGCUCUAUUCAAGGCCCCCUGGGCCCAGGCCUCUGGGACGGGAUCAUCACGCAGCUGCGGGAGCUGCAGUUAUGCAGCAGACACCUGUGCACUGAGGACCGCGACGUCCUAUGCGGGCGGCCGCCGGUCCCUGGAGUGUGCACGCUGGACCGAGGGCCCAAGCUCUUCUUUCGGCGCCUCUGACCCUGGCCCCGCCCUCCCUGCCAAAGAAUCCCUAAUAAACAAGCU